AUGCGGUUUCUGACGUAUGUGCUGGUAUGUGACGGUUAUCUUGCGUUGAACCGGCCGCAUUGCAGCAACCGCCUAACAAUGCCGCCCAUCCCCGUGGUGACCGUCGAUGUCGACUCCGCAAACACAACCCUUAUCAAGUACAAUCCAGGUCCAAACGCUGACUGGUAUUUUACGCAUUCGGGCAACCAGGAGGUGUAUGAUCAGACUUUAACGACGACGGUGAACCCUGGGGGAAGUGCGACGUUCCAGUUCGUAGGGACUGGAGUGCAAGUUUUUGGCACUCUUGGACCAGCAACGAACGGAAGUUCCCCGCCAGUCUCGAUAUACAGCAUUGACGGAGCGACGCCGAUAUCAUAUGUCGCACCGAAUGUCACUUCCGAGGCGGAUGGUGUCAAGUUCUUCGACAGUGGUACCCUUCCGAAUGGCACACAUACUCUUGCCUUCAAUAUUACGCAAGUUUCACCGUAUAGUCAAUACAUGCUGGAUUACAUCGCAUAUACAAUGCUAGUGCCGGCGUCGUCUUCCUCGUCAUCAUCUUCCACUCCUUCCUCUUCUUCCUCUUCCACUCCUUCCUCUUCUUCCUCGUCCUUUGCAUCAUCAGCAUAUGGCACAGCCAACUCGACAGCCGCCAUGACUACAAAGUCUUCGGCAUCUGCGACGUCGACGGACCAGCCUACCUCGUCGGGUGGUGCUGCGGGAAACACCUCGCACUCAUCAUCCACACCUGUCGGCGCUAUUGUUGGAGGCGUAGUUGGUGGCAUAGCUGGGCUAGCUGUGGUGCUUCUUGCGCUUUUCUUUUGGUGGAGGCGCAGGCGCGCGGGCCGCGGAGCUCAGUUCUAUUACUCGACUCCAGUAUAUCCGUACAAUCCAGACGAUGGCAGCGAAGAUGCUGCUCUUCAAAGCCAAGGCGUGCACAAUAUACCGCCUCAUCUGGGUUUAGGGGCUGGAAUGGUUCAAAGUGGGCCAUCUGCGACUAAUGACAGUUCAUCACUGGUUGCAUGGCAAACCCCCGGGUCGGGUCCUUCCGGCCCUUCAACGCUCGCUCAUUCGACUAGCUUAUCACUAUCCUCUCCAGGCGUGUUGAUCACACCCUUCACCGCCGCCGCGCCCUCUGCCCCGUCUGCGUCCACACCUCGUAAAGCGCUUCUGCAUCCCACUACACCCGUGGUAGCUGCGGCGGAUUCCUCAUCCACGCACUUGGAGGCACACCAACUCCCACUACCUCCUGGUUCUUCCAGUGGCAGUUCGGAGUUGAAGAGCGCUAGUGCGGCCGAGACAUCGUCUUUACACCCCCUUGUCGAGGCGCUCCCAGCCGAGCCGAACAUGGACUCAGGCAUUCGUUUCCCGCCGAGAAUAGCACCCUCCGAAGUGGGCAUUCUCGACGCACCUCCUGUGUAUACCGAGGCCUAA